AUGUCCAACUACAAGGUCGCUGACAUUUCGCUUGCUGCUUUCGGUCGCAAGGAGCUCGAAAUCGCCGAGGGCGAGAUGCCCGGUCUGAUGGCUCUGCGCCAGAAGUACGCCAAGGAGCAGCCCCUCAAGGGCGCCCGCAUUGCCGGCUGCCUGCACAUGACCAUCCAGACCGCUGUGCUGAUCGAGACGCUCACUGCGCUCGGUGCUCAGGUGUCGUGGUCGUCGUGCAACAUCUUCUCGACCCAGGACCACGCCGCGGCCGCGAUUGCUGCCACCGGUGUCCCGGUCUUUGCCUGGAAGGGCGAGACGGAGGAGGAGUACAACUGGUGCAUUGAGCAGACCCUCUACGCCUUCCCCAACGGCGAGCCCCUCAACAUGAUCCUCGACGACGGUGGUGACCUCACCACCCUCGUGCACAAGAAGUACCCCCAGCUGCUCGAGGGUAUCCGCGGUGUCUCGGAGGAGACCACCACCGGUGUGCACCACCUCUACAUGGCCGCCAAGAAGGGUGAGCUGAAGCUCGCUGCCAUCAACGUCAACGACUCGGUGACCAAGUCCAAGUUUGACAACUACUACGGCUGCCGCGAGUCGCUCGUCGACGGUCUCAAGCGCGCUACCGACGUCAUGCUCGGCGGCAAGGUCGCCGUCGUGGCCGGUUUCGGUGACGUGGGCAAGGGCUGUGCCGAGUCGCUCCGUGGCUACGGCUGCCGUGUGAUUGUCACCGAGAUUGACCCGAUCAACGCCCUCCAGGCCGCCAUGGCCGGCUACCAGGUCGGGCUCAUGGACGACGUCGCGAGCGAGGCCAACAUCUUUGUCACCACCACUGGUAACCGUGACAUUAUCACCACCAAGCACUUUGAGGCCAUGCCCGAGGAUGCGAUUGUGUGCAACAUUGGCCACUUUGACAUUGAGAUCGACGUUGCUGGCCUCAAGAAGGUCGCCAAGGAGGUCGUCAACAUCAAGCCCCAGGUCGACCGCUUCACCCUCCCCAGCGGCCGCCACGUCAUCCUCCUGGCCGAGGGCCGUCUCGUGAACCUGGGCUGUGCCACUGGCCACCCCUCGUUCAUCAUGAGCGCCUCGUUCUGCAACCAGACCCUUGCCCAGAUUGCCCUCUGGAACGACAAGGACGGCCAGUACAAGCGCGGCCAGGUCUACAUGCUCCCCAAGACCCUCGACGAGGAGGUUGCCAUGGCCCACCUGGCCAAGCUCAACGUGAAGCUCACCAAGCUCACCCAGGUGCAGUCGGACUACCUCGACAUCCCGAUCGACGGCCCCUACAAGGCCGACCACUACCGCUACUAA